AUGGGAGGGAGUUGCGUCUACUGCAUUGCUCAGGUUACUCUCAACUUCCUCCUCAACGACGUGUUUAUGUGUUUCUUCUUCGGCAUUGCUAUGGUUGAAGUAGUCGUAGCAGUGUUACCAGGCGGCUCGCUGUCCCCUAUGAGCAAGGCCGUUGUUCCUCUCAUGAGUACCCUUGGUGGAAUGCUCGGUCCUAUCGUAGUCUUUUUCGCUUUGGUUUAUAUCAUAAGUAACUGUGGUGGAUUUGAUAACUAUGAUGAGGACCUCAGUGCUGUACUCAAAGGGUGGGGUAUUGUAGUAUCUACUGAUAUCUCAAUCGCCUGGCUAGUAGCAUCAUUCGUCUUCGGCGGUGGACAUGCUGCUAUCCGAUUUAUACUCCUUCUGGCUGUAGCCGAUGAUGUGGGAGGUAUGCUGGUCAUUGCGAUAUUCUACCCAUCAGCGCACGAGCCACAGUACAUCUAUCUGUUAUUGUGUGUGGCAGGGUGUGCAGUGGCGUUCCUUAUUCGUACGUUGAAGCUGAAGCACUGGGCAUGGUACGUGUUCCUAGGUGGUCCUCUGGUAUGGUAUGGUCUAUUGGAGGCGUCUGUUCACGCCUCUCUGGCCCUUUGUCUUAUUGUCCCCUUCAUGCCUAAGGAGAUAGACACCAGUGAACCCAACUUCUUCGUUAAACUGUGGCGUAGAUGGCGCAAUAAGGAGUCUAUAGAUGAGGAAACAUCAGAGUGCGACUCCAGCAGCGAGACCGUCGCGACACCGCUAGGUAGUGGAGUGGUCCCGGGCCCCCUGGAGAAGUUUGACUAUGACUGUGCUUUCUGGGUCCACUGUGGUCUCUUCUUCUUCGCCCUAGCCAACGCUGGUAUCAAAUUCACUAGUGAGUCCGUAGGCUACGUGACGCUGUGUGUGACCCUGUCUCUACUCGUGGGCAAACCCUUGGGUAUAUUCGUCUUUGGUUGGAUUGCUAGUUAUCUGAUGAGAUUGGGUCUACCGGAAGGGAUGACCUACAGGCAUCUAUUUGUCGUUGGUAUAGUUUCCGGCGCUGGUCUCACGGUGGCUCUCUUUGUAGCGCAGUCAGCAUAUACGGAACCGACCCUUCUGGAGGAGGCCAAGUUAGGCGCCUUGUUGUCGGUGUUGAGUGCACCACUAGCAUUGAUUGUUGGGUGGCUCUUCUGUAUUGAGAAAGUCCCAGCAGGGGAGGUGCCUCCUGAGGGAAGGGCGAUGUCGAAGUGA